AUGGAUGAAUAUAUGGGAUCUCAUAAAUUAGCAACAUAUUUACAUCCAGGCCCAUCCGGACCAUUUCUUGAAUUAAAAAAUGAACCAAUGCAACCACCAUCACCAGGCACUACCGCUUUAAGACAACAUAAUCCAAGUUUACUUGAUCUUUGUACAUUAAAUUGUUUUUGUCAACGAUUUGUUGAAAAUACUUCUUCAUCAAAUGCAUCACACACUUCACCCUGUAAACAAUUAUUAAGUCAAUCCGAUGUUUAUUUUUGUAUUCCAUCCAUGACCGAAACUGAUUGUUCUUCUGAAGUAAAUGAUUCAAAUAAUACAAAAUCGAAUGUAAUAUCAGAUUCAACUGCUUCACCAAUAAGUUCAGCUGGUGAUUGUAGUCCUAAUGUUUCAUCAUGUGCAUCAUCACCUAAUUCAAGUCCAAAAGUUAAACCAGUUCGUCAACAAAAUUCUCCAUUAGAUUUAUGUGUUACAAAAGAUUCAACAUUAACAAUAAUAAAUAAACAAGAAUGUAAUACUGAUAGUAAAUCAAAUUCGGAAAUAACAGAUGUUGUUAUUAAAGUUGAAAAAAAACCUCCAACAGAUCUUGUAACUAAACAUUCUCAUAUAUCACCAAUUCUUCAUCGUUUAUUAACAUCUCCAACAAAAUUAAAUGAAUCAAUUUCACUUGUACAAAACCAAAAUGAUUCAAUUAAUAAUAAUAAUGAGGAUAAUAAUAAAAGUCCACAAUAUCGACCAAGAUAUUCACCGUAUUAUGUAGCAGAAUCAAAAACAAAUCCAACAUAUUUUUCAAAUAAUAUUCUAGAUCGAAAUUGUGAAUCCUUUCGUCACUCAUGUCGUUCACCUGUAUUUGCUCGACGUCCAACACAGCCAGGUCAAAUAAAAACUGAAAGUAGUAAUAAUACUCGUAUAUCACAAUUUAAUUUAUCGAUCAAACCAAUGGCUUUACUUUCAUUAGAUACGAAUGGAGUGUCAACUGUUGAUGAAACUAAUACGAUUAAUCCUUCAUCAUCUCUAACUAAUAAUAAUAAUAAACGAUCUUUAGAAUCAUCAUCAGAACAAGUUUUAGUUAAACGUCGAUAUGAAAAAACAGAACCUGUUAUUAUUACUCAACAAAAUUAUUGUAUAUCAUAUCCAAAGAAUAUUCCAAGAUGUGUUGAUUGUCAAACAGCUAAUCCAAGAGAUUUAAGAUCACAUCUUGCUGGUUGUCGAUUUCAACAUUGUCGAACAUUGAAAUAUUUCGGUGAUAAUAUAUAUGAAUAUGAUGGAUUUACAACAUCUAUGGAUGCUAAACAACAAGAUAUUGAAGCAUUAUGUACACCAAAUUCAAGUGGUCAACCAGCUUUAACAUCUUCGAAUGCAAAUUAUAUAUUAACACAAAUUGCUAAAGUUUUUUGCUUUUCAUUUCAUCAUGAACAGAAUGAACGUACGACACAUAAUGAAAAAAAUAUAAUUUGGAAAAAAUAUAUGGCAGGUUGGAGAGAAGUAUGCGAUGAAUGCUUAACGACACUUUUUAAUUAUCAUUAUAUGUGUAAACAAUGUGGAUAUAUGGUCUGUAUUGAAUGUUCAAACCAAUUUUCACAAUUAACAACCGAAAAACGAAAAAAAUUAAAACGUUUAUGUACACAUGAUAAUUCAUUUUAUUUAUCGGAAUUUAUUCCGUGGAAUAUGAUAGUAAAAUUACGUAAUAAUGUGACCGAUUAUUUAAGUCGAUUGAAAAUUGAUUAUUCAAUAAAAUUAUAUCAUUCAACAAAAACAGAAAAACUUUCAACAUUUAUAAAAAGUUUAAAAAUGAAACGAUCACAUGAUAAUCGUGAUGUUAAAAAGAUAUGGUCAUCUAAUGAUUGUAAUAAUGAUGCAAAUAUAGAAUUUUAUUGUAAUGGUCGUUUACCGGUUUUUAAUGAAUGGAUUACUGAGAAUGCAAAACAAUUUUUUCAAAAAGUUUGGGGAACUAGUUGUCCUGUACUUGUUAAACAAAUACAUCAUAAUUUAUCGAAAACACUUUGGCAACCUGAUGCAUUUAAAGAACAUAUGAUUGAUCAUCGUGAAACACCAGCUUUAUGGGAUUGUGAAACAUUAACACCAAUAUUAACAGAUCAAACAAUUUUAACAAGAUUUUGGGAUGGAUUUGAACGUUUAGAUAUUCGUUUACGAGAUGAACAACAUGGUGAUCGACCGAGAAUAUUAAAAUUAAAAGAUUGGCCAACAAAAAAAGAUUUUGCCUCUGUUUUUCCAACACUUUUACAUGAUCUUAUGAAUAAUAUUCCAUUUGGUGAUUACACGAGACGAUCAUAUACAUAUGAAGGAACUACAUAUCAUGGUGGUGCAAUGAAUAUUGUUGAACGAUUACCAUCAUGUUUAGUUAAACCAGAUCUUGGACCGAAGCUUUAUAUUGCUUAUAGUCAACUUACAAGUCUAGCAACAAAGAAAGCGGGAACAACAAAUCUUCAUGUCGAUGUAUCUGAUGCUGUUAAUGUUCUUGUUUAUGUUGGUAUAGGUGGUCAUGGUGAAGAUGGAUCAGAUAUAGAAGAGGAACUUCGACAAGUCGAAGCAGAAAUUCUUGAAUCAAAUAUUGAUGAAGCACAAUUACAACGAUUAAGAAAUGGAGAAAGACCAGGUGCUCUAUGGCAUUUAUUUCGUUCUGAUGAUGCAAAAAAAAUUCGUGAAUAUAUUGGACGAACUCAACGUAAAGCUGCUGGUACUGAUUCUAUACAUGAUCAAACUGCUUAUUUAGAAAAGGAAGAUUUAGAAAAAUUACGAGAUUGGAGUAAAGUAGAAUCAUAUCCAAUUCUUCAAUUUCUUGGCGAUGCUGUUUUUAUUCCAAGUGGUGCACCUCAUCAAGUGAAAAAUUUACAUUCAUGUAUAAAAAUUGCUGAAGAUUUUGUUUCACCGGAAAAUCUUGAUCGAUGUUUAAUAACAACAAAUGAAUUUCGAACAUUAUCAAAAACACAUACAAAUCAUGCUGAUAUAUUGCAGGCGAAGAAUAUUCUAUAUUAUUCAACACGUGAUGCAUUAGAUUCAUUGGUUGAAUCAAAUAAAAAUGACUUAUCAUCCGAGUCUUCCUCUUCAUCUGUACAUAAUUAA